CUUGGGAAGUGACCGCCCUCGGUCUGUCCUCUUCUGUUUCAGCGGCCGCCGAGCUCUGAGUGAACGGCUCUCGGCUUCGCGACGUCCAGCCCCUGCCCCUCCUCCUGCAGCGGCCCGACCCCGAGUGCCAGCCCCCAGUGGCCCUUAUGUCGUGGUGACCACUCCGAGCGCAGGGGUGGAAAAUGGUACCAGUCAAGCCCAAGCUGGAGGAGCCCACUGCCACAGCCCCGACAUGGAGGACCCCACGCCUGAGCCCGUCUACGUGGAUGUGGACAAAGGGCUGACCCUGGCCUGCUUCGUCUUCCUCUGCCUCUUCCUCGUGGUGAUGAUCAUUCGCUGUGCCAAGGUCAUCAUGGACCCUUACAGCGCCAUCCCCACGUCCACCUGGGAGGAGCAGCACCUGGACGACUGAGGUGCGGGCGCGGGGGGACCUCCACGUCCCCUGGCCACUGGCCCGCCCGCCCGCGGCGCUGGGAAUGGAUUUGGCCGCAGAUGGCGGGGGUUCACCGGAGCCGCACCUGCUCCCCCUCGAGCACCACAGUGAGGUGCAUGGGGGCUCCACGGUGGGCCAGCCUGGAGAUGAGAGCACCGGGCUGGGGAGUCACUGUGGGACAAUGGGGGAUCCCCUUCCCUGGCUCCUGGGCACCUUCUGGGGUUGGGUCCAGGGCAGGCCCCCACUGUCACACAACAGAGGACACUGUCCGCCCUUAAAAUGCAAAGCAGCACACACAGGAGCCCCCGUCGCUCCAGCACAGAUGUGCCCCCGCCCCGGCCGGCCGCUGGGCAGCAGUGGGGCGAGGGCGAAGGCGAGGGCGAAGGCGAAGGCGGAUGCAAGGGGCCUCACCCAACCUUCACGCAGGGCACAGGCCUGCUUCCCAGCAGUAUUUUUUUUAAACUAAAAUAUAGAGGGGUUUAUUUUUCCCGUCAUAAAUGAAAUGGGCAUUUUGGGAAUUUGGGAACAUACAGAAAAAUA